AUGGCCAGCAGCACGAUCCCGUACAUUGGGAGCAAGAUCAGCUUGAUUUCAAAUUCAAACAUCCGGUACGAGGGCAUCCUGUACACCAUCAACACGCAGGAGUCCACCAUUGCCCUACAGUCCGUACGGUCUUUCGGCACCGAGGGCAGAAAGGUGCCGGAGAUCCCUCCCUCUAGUGAAAUCUAUGACUUCAUUAUCUUCCGCGGACAGGACAUCAAGGACCUGACCGUGUUGGAAGGCAGUGGCGCCGGCGGAGCAUCGCCCCAUUUGAACGAUCCAGCCAUCAUGUCCAUGAAGAAGCCAGCCGGUGGCCCUGGACCUUUGGAAGCGCUGGGCAAGGCAGCCAGCAAAGGUUCUUCGUACGGAUACGGCGAGAGUAGUGGAGGUUGGGGUGCACCUGCCAAGGGAGGAAAAGCGCGACCAGCCGCAGAAAGCACCUGGUACGGUGGCAGUGUGCAGCAGGGCUGGGGCAAAGGUGACAAAGGUGCUGGCACAGGAAAGGGAUGGGACAGCUACCAAAAGGGGUACGAGAAGAGCUACGACAAGGGCUACGAGAAAGGCUAUGGCUACGACAAAGGUUACGGCAAAAGCCAAGACAAAGGCAAAGUUGGCAAAGCCGGGAAAGGCUACGAGGAGAAAGGCUCCAAAGGCAAAGGUGGCAAAGACACGGAUAAGGGCAAAGGUGGAAAGGCCCUUGAGACUGGCAAGGGGAAGAAGGGAGCCACCGAAGGCAAAGGCAAGGCUGGAAAGGACGCCGGACCCAAGGGAGGAAGCAAAGGCGAUGCUAAGGGCAAAGGAAAGGACACGAAGGGCAAGGCCGCAAAGGGCGAGGGCAAGGCUGGCAAAGGAGAGAAGGGCUCCAAGGGUAAGGGCGGCGGUGGCAGCAAGGGCGGCAAUCGACGCGACGGCGCCGCCAUCGGAGAGCUGCUCCCCGAGGCCAACGAGGAGGUUAAGAAGGAGUUCGAGAAGGAGUUUGAUGUCACGGCCGCGAACUCCAAGUUCGACAAGGCCGCCGUAGCCAAAGAAGGCGAAGAAGGCGAUUCUCUGAAGCCACUGCCCGGCUACGACAAGACCAAGUCCUUCUUCGACUCCAUCUCUUGCGAGGCCACGGAGCGUUCCGGAGCUGCAGACCGGCCCAAGGCUGAUGUGGCCAAGAUGCGCAGCAUGGACAGGGAGACCUUUGGUGAUGCCCGCCGACCUCCACGCCCUGGCGGCAUGCGGAGGAACCGUGCCGGCAAGGGCAAGGGCUUCCGCUCCUAA